GAUCCAAUGCAUUGAACAGAAACCGAAAACUUCACCUAUAAACUAGCACAAAAUAACUGAUACAGACGUGAGACGCCGCCACCAACAUAUUAGCGCUUCCACCUUCAACAUUCGUUUUUUAUAAGAAAAGGCAAAUUUCCCAGAAGUUAACUGCUCCAGAACUCUAUUUGAUAUGGAUAUCGACCCCAAUUUUCGCAAAUCGCAAGUGCGAUCGAACUAAAACAGAGCAAACCUAGCGGUUAAUUGAGAUACAUCGUCACUACUGACAAACUCUUACCUGCAACUGUUGAACUCGCUCUCCGGUUUUCUCCUGCCAGGCCUUCCGAUCUACUCUAAAAGGGAUGAAUCGGGCGGCUGUUACACUCGGCAGAAACAAAAGGCCUAGGGAAUCAUCACGUCUAUCAGGUGAUGAGCAGAGCAUCCUUGAUUUGAUCCUAAGCAAAGAGGGCUCCGGCAUUCAACCUAGAGAGAUCAAAUACCAGCUCAAGAUCCCCGACCCCGUCAUCACGAAAGCAACCAAAGCUCUCCUGGCUAAUGGCAAGAUCAAAGAGGUGAAAGGCAUUCAGCGUGGCGGUGCAGCAAGGAAAAUCUUGAUGGGGGUCGAGUUUAAGCCAGCUGACGUAGUUAGUGGGGGCAUCUGGUACGAGGAUGGGAAGAUCGACACCGGGUUUGUUGAUGUUCUUAGAAGGUUCUGCCGCACGCAGGUGAUGAAGAGCAAGGUUGCUACUGUGGAGGGGCUGCACAAGGCUGUGUCGGAGGGCAAAGUGGCUACCGUUGAAAUCCCUAAGCCGCAGCUGACUGAGCUGCUGACUUCGAUGGUGUUAGAUAAUGAAUUGGUGGAGGUGAAGAGCACUGGUUUUGGAUUAUUUUUCCGGAUUCCUAUAGGUGAAACGUGUUACAAGCUUCCGAGUGCAGCAGCAGGAGGGGCUAAAAAGGAUUCGGUUACAGGUAAAUUUGCUUCGAUUCCUUGUGGCUCGUGUCCCAGGAUUGCUGUGUGCACGCCCGAUGGGGUCGUCUCCCCGACUACUUGUGUGUAUUACAAUCAGUGGUUAGACAUCAAACUUUAAACUCCCAACUUACUGAAGAUGUUUCCUUGAGAUACACACACUCGUGAUGUUUUUUUUGGCAUUGGUCUUUAUCUUUAAAACUAGAUGAUUAUGUCUUAAAUCGGUAUUUGAAUUCUUGAUUUGGAGUGUUCUGUAUUGUAGUACAAAAGAGGAUGAAGUUGUGUUAUGUUGGUUUGUUCAAAGGCAACCAAAAUGUUCUCAAUAGAGUUCCAAUAAAAUUACUAGGUUACAUCUUACAUGUACAUAA